AUGGCUCAAAGCGCCUUUCUCUACCCAGAGAACCCAAAGAGGAGGCAGGAAGUAAACCGCCUUCACCAGCAGCUCCUUGAUUGCUUAUCUGACAGCUUCCAAGCCACCAAUAAGCUGAUUUGGGUUCUAAAUAUGCACUUGGGAUGCAGGCUGGCCUCAAUUGAGAUGAAAAGAGAUGGAACCAUCAGAGAAAACUGUGAUAUCAUCAUUCAGGCCAUGAUGAACAUUCAAAAGGAAUUGCAAAAGGUUGACAAAGCACUAAAAGACAAACUAGAACCAACCCUUUAUAGAAAACUUCAGAACAUUAAGGAAAGAGAGACGGAGAAAAUUGCAAUCGUCCAAAAGGUUAUUUCAGUCAUCCUGGGAGAAGCCACUUCUGCAGCCAGUGCCGUGGCUGUUAAGCUCCUAAGCUCAAAUGUCACAACGGGCAUAAUUAACCAGUUGGUCACAGUUUUAGCUCAAAUUGGUGGCUCUCUCCUUGGUAGUAUUGGAGUGGCUGUUCUUAGCCUUGGCAUAGAUAUGAUCUUUCGUGCUAUCUUGGGAGCCGUGGAGAAAACGCAGCUUCAAGCAGCCAUCAGAAGUUAUGAGAAUCAUCUGAUAGAGUUCAAGUCAGCCUCAGAAAAAUAUCAACAUGCCAUUACUGAGGUUACCAACAGUGAAACGCCAAACAAAAUGAACAACCAUUUUGUCACUAUUUUCCUGCUUCCCUGUUUUGAGAAUAUGCAACAUAAUGUCAAGAAAAACCAUAGAGAGAGACUUGGGUAA